CUCAUUGGCCAAGGCCUUCUUUUUGGGCGUCGCUUUCAAAUUCUGCUCCCCACUUACUCUUCGGCGUCAACUCAACGACUUCCUCACGGCGCACAACUUGCUCAGAGCUUGAGAUCCAUCGCAGGAAGGCCAUGGCUGAGGCGCUUCUUCACUGUGUGGUGCGCGGGGUGGCUAACAAGGCUGCCGACGCGCUCGUGCAGACCGUAACCGGCAUGUGUGGAGUCGACGCCGACCGUCACAAGCUGGAGCGCCAGUUGCUGGCCGUCCAAUGCAAGCUGGCCGACGCCGAGGCAAAGAGCAAGACGAACCAGUAUGUGAAGAGGUGGAUGAAAGACUUCAGGACCGUCGCCUACCAGGCUGACGACGUUCUGGAUGGCUUUUUGUAUGAAGCACUGCGCCGUCAGAUUCAGAUCGGUGAUUCCAAGACACGCAAGGUACUGAGCCACUUCACAUCCCACUGUCCACUAGCUUUCCGUUAUACCAUGAGCAGAAAGCUGAACAACGUCCUUGAGAAGAUCAAUGAACUUGUCGAGGAGAUGAACAAGUUUGGCCUGGAGAGCCAAGCGGAGGCGCCGCGGGUUCUCUAUCCACAAACGCACUCAGGACUGGACAUGGAUACAGAGCCCGUCGGUAGAGAGGACGACAAGGGGGUGGUGAUAAGGCUGCUACUAGAGCAGGAAGACCAGCAAAAGGUUCAGGUGUUGCCCAUAUUUGGGAUGGGCGGUUUGGGCAAGACUACACUUGCCAAGAUGGUGUAUAAUGACUGCAAAAUUCAGCAACAUUUCCAGUUAAGGAUGUGGCACUGUGCGUCAGGCAACUUUGAAGCAAUUGCCCUUGUGAAAUCCAUCAUUGAAUUGGCUACCAAGGAAAUAUGUGACCUGCCACACACAAUGGAGCUUUUGCGAGGCCGACUUCAGCAAGUCAUAGGUUGGAAAAGGUUUCUACUUGUUGUCGAUGAUGUGUUGGGUGAAGUACAACAAAUUUGGGAAGAUAGCCUGAAACCAUUGUUGUGUGCAGUUGCUGGUCCUGGUAGUGUUAUACUUGUCACAACUCGGAGCCAGCGAAUAGCAACUAUGAUGUGUACCCUGCAACCCCACGAGCUCACAUGUUUGAGUGAAGAACAUUCGUGGGAACUGUUCUCAGAGAAAGCAUUUAGCAAAGAUGUACGUCCGCAAGCAGAACUAAUCACUAUCGGGAAAGACAUUGUCAAUAAAUGCAAGGGAUUGCCUCUUGCUCUGAAAACAAUGGGUGGCUUAAUGAGUUCCAAACGAAGAGUACGGGAGUGGGAGGUCAUUGCAGAAAGCAAUAUUGGGGAUAAUGAUAGAGGCAAAGAUGAAAUAAUAUCCAUACUUAAAUUGAGCUACGAGCACUUAUCAUCUGAAAUGAAGCAAUGCUUUGCCAUCUGUGCAGUUUUCUCUAAGGGUUUUGAAAUGGAGAAAAGCAUGCUGAUCCAACUUUGGAUGGCAAAUGGUUUUGUUCAACAGGAAGAAGGGAUGAUGGAUUUGGAGCAGAGGGGUGAAUUUAUUUUUAGUGAGUUGGUUUGGAGAUCAUUUCUUCAAGAUGUUAAAAUAAAACCAUUUAAUCAUUCAGCCUCAAGGCAUGGGUUGAUUGGAUGUAGAAUGCACGAUUUAAUGCACGAUCUGGCAAAGGACGUUGCAGAUGAAUGUGCCACUAUAGAGGAGUUGCUUCAGCAUAAAGCAUUCAUAAAAGAUGUUAGCCACAUAAAAGUGUCAUCGGAUGAAUUGGAGUUAAGCAGUGGAUUGUUGAAAGGUACUGAUUCUCUCCGAACUUUAUUAUUACCACCAUCAGCACACAAGGAUCUUCAUAAGUUUAAACCGACGUUAUUAAGAGCCCUAAGUUGUGGCAGCCUCAGUAUUAUCCUUAACCAACACAUAAAUACAAAACAUUUACGAUAUCUUGACCUUUCACACUCUGAGAUUGCUCGAUUGCCAAAUUCAGUAUGCAAGUUGUAUAACUUACAGACCUUGAGGCUAAAUCACUGUCGCCGACUUCAGUAUUUACCUGAAGGCAUCACAACUAUGAGGAACCUUAAACAUCUCUAUCUUUUCGAGUGUGAUAAAUUGGAGCGGAUGCCACCAAAUAUUGGUCUUCUGUGCAACCUCCGGACAUUAACAACAUUUGUUGUGGACAUCGGAGAUGGCUACGGAAUUCAGGAACUCAAGGACCUAAAACACCUUGGCCACCGGUUGGAACUAUACAAUUUGAUAAAGAUAAAAAGUGGAGCAGAUGCAAAACAAGCAAAUAUUUAUCAAAAAAAUAACCUAAGUGAAGUCUCAUUAUGCUGGGGUCGUCGAAAAUUUAACGGGCCUCAAGAUGAUAUUGGUAACAUGGAAGAUGUGCUGGAGGCUCUUGCACCCCACAAUGAGCUCGUAGUGUUGGAGGUAUAUGGUUAUGGUGGCACCAAAUUUUCACCAUGGAUGGUAAACUCUCAGAUGUGCCAGUGCCUGAAAAAACUCAUAAUCUUCAACUGCCCAAGAUGUAACGAUGUGCCAAUAUCACAUCUGUUGGUCUCCCUCGAGUAUUUGUCCUUAGGUGGCAUGGAUAGUUUGACCACAUUAUGCAAGAUAAGUGACGCAGAAGUUGAAGCAUGCAGUACAUCCUUGCAGUUCUUCCCAAAGUUAAAAACAAUAUUCUUGGAGGACUUGCCACAGUUGGAGAUGUUGGCAGAAAACAGUGCAUGUGAGAUUUAUAGCUUGUUAAUAUUUCCCCAGCUCGAAGAGCUCAGUAUACACGAUUGUCGGAAGAUUUCAAGUGUUCCCAAUAGCCCAAAUCUAAAGAACCUGAGGAUAACAGAAUGUUGCAGUCUCCCAAUCAGCUCGCUCGCACAUCUGACAACGUUGUCUGAGCUCAGUUAUGACGGAAAAGGUUGCUGUUCUGCAGGCAUACCUUUGGGCUCUUGGCCCUCUCUUGUCAAAUUAUCAGUUAGCUCCUUGGCCUACAUGAUGAUGGUGCCUCCAGAAGAACAGCAAAUGCAUAUGCCCCUGAAAACCCUUCGGAGUAUAUGGCUGUCUGGUCCUAAUUGCUUUGAGACAACAUCCGUUUCGUCAAAAUUGUACUUGGGACCAUGGGGGUGCUUUGCGUUUGUGCAAGAAUUAUGUAUUUCUGAGUGCCAUGAACUUGUCUACUGGCCAGUGGACGAGUUCCGAAACUUGAUUUGCCUUCGUUUUCUGAGCAUUAGCUUUUGUGCUAACCUGGAGGGGAAGGGCUCGUCGUCUGAAGAAAUCCUUCCGCUGCCUCAGUUGGAGAUGUUAAGUAUUUACAAUUGUAGUUGUUUAUCAGCAAUUCCCAUGGUGCCUGAAUCCCUUGAGAAAUUGUUGAUAGGGGAAUGCGCAAGUUUGGUCUCAUUGCCUCCCAACCUGGGAAAUCUGGACAAACUGAGGGUGCUCCAGAUUCGGGGCUGCAAUGGCUUGAAAGAUUUGCCUGAUGACCUGACUCGUCUUGAGCAAUUGACUAUUGAGAGGUGUACAGGUGUAGAUAAAAUCCCGCAAGGUCUCCUGCAACAGCUCCCGGUACUCAAAUCCCUUGAAAUAGUUGGCUGCGAAGACUUGCAGAGAUAUCUGAUAGAAGGUGGGGAGUAUUUCAACUUGGUCUCCUCUAUUCCAUGUAAGGAUAUUCCAGCACCAGAAAAAAAGUCUAACAAAAAGAGCUUGGCGUUUUUAAAGAAGUUACUGCCGUCCUGCCCACUCUCAAGCUUCGACUGAGGUGCAUAUGCUCUAUUCCGUUAUCUCCUGCAAGGUCUGGAGGAAAAAUUCUCAAUGAGUCUUAUUCGAAGACGAUUGUAAGCAAAUGAACUUUACUUUCCACAGAAGUUCUGCCUUUUAACAGGAAGAAUGGUUUGCAUUGUCGGCCCAAAAGUGAGUGAUUAUGUCCAUCUGCCUUCUGUUUCCAUGCAAUUACAUUCAAGGAACUAUUGUCACGUGUACAAAUUGAUAACAAUUUGGUUCUUAGUAUGAACUAGAAGGAAAUACACGCCUUGGUUCACCGUAA